AUGGUAAGGAUUAGAGGGGGAUCCGUGAGUGCCGGACGCACUUUCAGGCUGCGUGACGAAGAGGAUGAAGAUGUUCAAGUUGUUGAACCCUUCAUCAAAUCACCCAAGAAGAAAACUGGAAAUCGAGGUGGAAAAAUGAAACAAUCUGCAAGAAAAAAGCAGAAUGUGCAAACUAGAGAGCCAUCUGCUGAACCAUCUGAUGAGCAGAUGGGGGAACAGCAAUCUGAAGGGCAUCCAGUGAAUGACAAUAAAGAGAAAUCAGUGCAGCCCACCAAUGCAGAUGUAACAGUAAUCAAAUCACCCAGAAAAGGAAAAAGGAUUGCCAAAAGGAAGAGCAUUGCUCAACCCAAGGAAAAACAAACUGUUGAUCCUUUAGGGGAUCAGCAGAAUGCAGAAAAAACUGUUGAGGAACAGCAAACUGAGGAACCAUUUACCAGGAGAUCACCAAGGACAAGGUCUGGUGUCCAGAGUGCUGCGCAAACUGCUCAGCGCAGUGGAAAAAGAAAGCGUCCUGAGCAACCUGAGACCCACACUGCUACUGAACCCACUCCUCUACCCAAAUUCAUCGACGAUGAAGCUAAAGAAAGGUUUGAAUGGAUCUCGCAGAAGGGUUUCAUCACCCAGAGGACCAUUAUCCCCUACGAAUUCCGUAAGCUUGAUCUUGAACAUGUUCUCAACCUAAAAUCAGCCUCUAAGUUUCCUUCAUCCAACCUUGAGGUCAUCACUCUGCUUGAGGAUCUCAAACAGCAUAUCCUACUUCUUGAAGAUGGGUUGAUGACGACCAUGACUUCUGAACAACAAGCCACCUUCGUUGCCAAAAGAAAUCUGCUUGUACCUCCCAUUCCUCUAGAAAAUGAAACUGCACAGCGAAAGGAGUUCGGAACUGAGCCAACUGCUGAAACUACUCCACAGUACUGUGCCUCCAUUUCUCAACCACAGGGCAAGGGAAAAACUCCGGCAACUGAUGGAGGAACUGAAGAGGAUGAUGAUGAUGAUGAGGAUGAGGACACUGAGGAAGAAGACCCUGUUCAGUUUCGUCUGGCUAGAAGAAGGUCUAGACCUUCCAAGAUCACAUUUUAG